AUAUUUUAAGCAAGGAGGGAGAGGAAAGGAAGACAGAGCUCAAAGGACAGAAACGGGCACAGAGGCUCUCUCAGUCGCCGCAGGCCUCGAUUUCUGGGGAAUUCAAAGGAAUUAGGACAUUUAAAAUCAUGGGUUCUGUUGCCAAGAAGGGAUUGCAGCAGUACCUGUUGCAGCUUCAACAACACCCUUUGAGAACUAAGGCAGUCACUGCAGGAGUGCUGUCAGCAAUAAGCGACAUAGUAGCACAGAAGCUGACUGGCAUACAGAAGCUUCAAAUUAAAAGGCUUCUUCUCAAAGUGCUUUUUGGGUUUGCUUACCUUGGUCCCUUUGGGCAUUUCCUCCAUAUAGCACUUGAUAAAAUUUUCAAGGGGAAGAAGGAUACAAAAACAGUGGCCAAGAAGGUGGUGUUGGAACAGUUGACAUCUUCUCCUUGGAACAAUUUACUAUUCAUGAUUUACUAUGGAUUAGUAAUUGAGGGAAGACCGUGGAUGCACGUGAGAAGUAAGAUCAAGAAGGAUUAUCCCUCCGUGCAGUAUGCAUCUUGGACGUUUUGGCCGGUUGUGGGGUGGGUGAACCAUCAGUAUGUUCCUCUGCAGUUCCGCGUCAUCUUUGCCAGUGUUAUUGCAUGUGGCUGGGGUAUAUUCUUGAAUCUACGGGCAAGGUCCAUGGCACUGACCAAAAGCUCAUAAAUGGAGACAACCGUCAAUGUUAUAAUAGUUAAGACUCGCAUCAGAAAAUGGUUAGAUGUGCCAUGAUCAGCACACCUUCAAACCAUUACACACCGAUCACGUCUAUUUAUGCUAUUUUAAUGUGGGAUCUAUGUUUUGAGACUGAAACAUGGAAUAAUUCUUGAAUGGUAUCCGAAAUUUAGUUAUGGAUAACUGGUUCAACCAGGUGUUUUGAGUUAUGUAAUGUAAGUAAUAAUUCUUUUAAGCCAGCAUACAUGUGAGCUGGGCAGUGAGAUUUCAUAAAUUUAUAGA